AUGUCCUCCUCCGGUUUGGAAGUGGUGGAGGACAAAACCAAUGAUGGCGGGGGCAGUGGUGUUAACAAUGGUCCUUUGCAAGAAAUAACGAGCCAACCUAUGGAUGAUAUGAAUUCGUUGAGCCUGAGAGGUAGGAAUAUAAGAAGACCUGAGAGCAGAGUGGAUAAACAAAAAUCAUUAAGAAACAAAUCAAUUAGAUCCUCAAGAAAAACUGAAGCUGAAGAUGAGCUACAAGAACUAAUUGAUUUACAAGAGAUUGAGAGGGAGAAGGAACGAUUAGAACAAGAAUUUAAGAUCAAAGAAAUGGAAGAACAAAUGGAAAUGGAAAAAGCAACAAUGGAACUUGAACGAAAAAUGGAAAUCGAAAAAGAAAAAGCAAAAAUGGAACUUGAAAGAAAACUUAAGGAAUUGGACAGACUGAAUGUUUUAAAAUCCAAAGAAAAUGAAAUCAGAAAAUCAAGUUCAUCUCACAGUGGAUCAAUUUUGUCAAGAUUGAGUGUCGCAUCAUCUCACCACAGGACUUCAGAUUGGAUUACAAAGCACGGUUACUACAACGAAAAACCAGGAUCAACCUUGAAUGAUCGUCCGGGAUGUUCUCUAGAGAAAAUUCGAAGAAAGAAGAGACAGUCCCACUCGGCCAGGACGACCAACAGAGACGAGAUGCUGCUGUGA